UUUGACAUAUGUUGCAAUCACCGAUGUUGCAUUUAUGACAGCUCUCGGGAAAAUAGUGGUGUUUACGUGUACUUUAAAACUGUAGUAAAGAAUAUAAGAAAUAAGGCUUUUCCCGCAGUCCGCUCAUCAUCCACCCCGUAGAGCAAACAUCUUUACGUGUGUGCCACGCACUGGUCGGACUAGUUUGAUGGGAUCAAACCCCGGCGCCGGAAGAAUCCACCGUACAACAGCGAAUGAACAGUGCACUGGGCGAAAAGGUGCACAAUUUUCGAGGACGAUCGUUUCACAGGUGUACCGAGGGUGAGGGCGCAACGCACACGUCGUGGUAGUCGAAAGUUUCGCGCACCGUGUUCCACCGGGGGUCCGGCAUACAAGAUUAACAUAUUCUUCGAAACAAUCAGCCAGCUGGCUGAAAACUGCGUCAAGAUGCGUACCCUAGGGCUGUCCGUAAUCAGCAUGCUCCUGACCGGGCUGGUGAUUGGCAAUGCUUACUAUCAGAAGAAGCAGUUCUACCCAUCGGUGGUGUACAUCACGAAAUCCAACCCGAGCAUGGCCGUCAUAUACAUUCAGUCGCUCGUGCUUGUGCUGAUGUUAGGUAAAUUGAUGAAAAAAAUCUUCCUCGGCACGCUACGGGCGGCCGAAUUCGAACACCUAAUGGAGCGGUUCUGGUACGCGCUGACGGAAACCUGCCUCGCGUUUACCGUCUUUCGAGAUGAUUUCAAUCCAAAGUUUGUGGCACUGUUUACGGUGUUACUUUUUCUAAAAUCCUUUCACUGGCUGGCAGAAGAUCGUGUCGAUUAUAUGGAACGCAGCCCCGUGAUCGGUUGGUUAUUUCACGUCCGAGUGGCGGGACUGUUGCUAUGUUUGGGAUUGUUCGAUUACGAGCUAAUAUCGUACGCGUACCAGUCCACUAUCGCGAAAGGCGUUACCGUGCAGCUUGUGUUUGGUUUCGAGUACGCCAUCCUAAUGACGAUGGUCAUUAACACGGCCAUAAAAUACAUCUUCCACGCAGCCGAACUGCGUUCAGACACACCGUGGGAAAACAAGGCGGUAUUCCUACUGUACACCGAACUGAUCAUUGGCUUCACGCGUGUCGUACUGUACGUGGUGUUUGUUAUUUUGAUGGUCAAAAUAUUCACCCUACCGAUGUUUGCCUUCCGUCCGAUGUACUACACCAUGCGAAACUUCAAGAAAGCUUUGAACGACGUAAUUCUUUCGCGGCGCGCCAUCCGCAACAUGAAUACGCUCUAUCCGGACGCGACACCCGAGGAGCUGCAAAUGUCGGACAACAUUUGCAUCAUCUGUCGCGAGGACAUGGUGAGCAACUCGAAGAAGCUCCCGUGUGGUCACAUAUUCCAUACAGCUUGUCUGCGUUCCUGGUUCCAACGGCAGCAGACGUGUCCGACCUGCCGGUUAAACAUUUUGCGAACACCGAUUACAGCUGCCACUGCUCCUGCCACCCCGUUGCCGAACAACAAUGGAAACGACACUAAUAAUGGUGCCGGCGUUGCUGGCGGUACCGACACUAGCCGUCCGACGAUGGUUGCUGGUAGUGGAGGUGCUGGUGGCAUUGGAGCCACUACUGGUGCUGUGACUACCGGGGCUACAUUAGCGAAUGGUCUUACGACGGCAGGAACGGGUGCAUUACCAUUGUUUCCUCCUGGUCCCAUGAUGUUGCCACCAUUCCCAUUUGUUGGUAUGCCCUCAUAUACGAUGCCCUUGCCACCGGUGCCACCAUCGCUGGACACACUGUCUGACGAGGAGGUACGCGCGAUGGAAGGCAAUGAAAGGCGCCAUAUCGAGGAACGCAUUAAGCAUCUGCAGAACAUACGCACCCUGCUCGAUGCAUCCGUUGCGCUCAUGAAUCAGUACGCAGCCAUAACGGCCCGUCUGCCACCGGAAGCCGUAGCCCAUUUGCAGCAGCAAUCGCAAACGGCGCAACCAAAUCUAUCGAUGGCCAAUUCUAUUAAUACUGCUGCUAGUAACAUUGCUACUGCUACGAAAACACCGGCAACAAUCACCACAUCUGCAACCUCGGAUGCAGCAAUGGCUGUAAGUGGUGGUAGCACCAGUAAUCCAACGUCACCACCAGUGACAGCAAAUGUUGUCCCCGAAAGCAGCAGCAGCAGCAGCAGCAGUAAUAAACCUAGCAGCAGUAAGGUUAGUGAUAGUGAUAACAAUAGAGUAAGUAACAACAGCGUACCGCCCACCGGGCGGCCAGCUGGCAGUAGUUCGGGAUUGUCUCAACCGAAGCUAGAAGAUCUCGGACCGCUCAGCAGCGAUGAAGACGACACAUCGGUAAAGCUGAAAAAGGAACCAUUACCGAACGAUAGCAAAGUUUUGCUUAUCACACCCGAUCAGAUGCAGGAUGCAGCCGGUCCGUCGAGAGUGACGGAGCUAAACGGUGGGGGCGCAUUAAAACGACCCGAAAGUGCUGCGAUGAGCGAGUUGCGCCGUCGGCGUUUGGAAAAGUUUGCCACUGCGAGCACACCGGAUACGAUAAACAGUGCGCAGGAACAGCAACAGUAAGGGAGGCCAGAUGAAGAGGUGAGUUGUGUAAAGUGGAAUUGCUCUUUGUUUCGUUUUCUGCCCGCGUUGGAGAUGUUCGAUCGCUGGCAGGAACGUCUUCCAAUGCCAAAAUGAUGGAACAGAGCGCGAAAAACACUCCCGGCAAGGUAAAACGAGACAAGCGAUUACAAGGACCAUAAUGUCGCCAAUGUACGUCAAACCAUAACGAUAGGAACAUGAGCAGUCUCGUGCUAAUCAUGCUUUAGGCAACUGUUUCGUUUUGCUUUACUACCGAAAAGCAUACACACAUUUGGCUCAGUCCGCUAUUUUCUUUGCGGGCAUACAUAACUCCCCCCCUUCCUGGCCUGGAGCCUGGAAUGAAAAAUCUUGCAUAUCUUGGAUUUUUGUUUAAAUAAUAAAUCACUCGUUUAUAGUCCUCCAGAAAGCAUAGCUGCAAUCUUGUUUCGCUUGUUAAACGAUUGUCUUUUCUCUUGCUUUCGCUUGUUAUAUUAGAAUGUGUGCUUGUUUUAUGUAACAAAAAACUGCAUUUGUUAUGUGUUUUUUUUUUACUGUUUCUGUUCGCUGCAGUGCAGACGAACAGCAAUAACAACAGCAGAGGGCAACCUAAUUGCAUUCCUGUUUUUCCCUAUACUGUUUUGGCCCCUCGUCAAAGACCAAAUAAAAAUGCGCGAAAAGUCACAAAGGUGUUUGAGGGAUGUGUAACAUUUUUUUAAAAAUCUCUCCCCACCAUUUGCAAAUGCAGCACACUAAACUGCAAGGUGAGUUGAGGUGCAUGUGCACUGCUGGAGAAAACAUUUAGAAACAGAAUAUAAUAUAUGAAUGUAGAAAUACAAAGAAAAAAAACAAUACAUCUCGCAACCGGUGCGUACACGUGGAUGUGCGAGAGUGUGUUUGUGUAGUAAAACACACGAAAAGUGAUUAAGCAAACGGUAGAGAA